AUGGCGGGCAAGGGGUUGUCAGCUGUGGCGUCUUGGGUACCCUGCCGGAGCUGGGGCUGGGCAGCCGUCCCCUUUAGCCCGCAGCGUAGCCUCCUCUCGUUGCUUGCACCGAAGCCCCCGCGGGCGCCCUUUUGGCUCCCAGCUUGCAGACAAAAGACAUCACUCUCUUUCCUUAGUCGACCAGACCUUCCAAACCUGGCUUAUAAGAGUCUAAAAGGCAAAAGUCCAGGAAUUAUCUUCGUCCCUGGCUAUCUUUCUACUAUGACUGGUACAAAAGCAUUGGCGAUUGAGGAGUUUUGCAAAUCUCUAGGUCAUGCCUAUAUAAGGUUUGACUACUCAGGAGUUGGAAAUUCAUAUGGUAACUUAAAAGAAUGCACAGUGGGGAAAUGGAGAAAAGAUGUGCUUUCUAUAAUUGACGACAUAGCUGUAGGACCACAGAUACUAGUUGGAUCUAGCCUUGGUGGAUGGCUCAUGCUUCAUGCUGCAAUUGCACGGCCAGAAAAGGUCGUGGCUCUUAUCGGCAUAGCUACAGCUACAGAUGGCCUUGUGUCACAGUUUCAUCAGCUUCCUGUUGAGGUAAAAAAGGAAGUAGAGAUGAAAGGUGUGUGGACCAUGCCAUCAAAAUACCACGAAGAAGGGUUUUACCACAUUCAGUACAGUUUCAUUAAGGAAGCAGAGCACCACUGCUUGUUACAUAGCCCUAUUCCUGUGAACUGCCCUAUAAGAUUGCUCCAUGGCAUGAAGGAUGACAUAGUGCCUUGGCAUACAUCCAUGCAACUUGCCAAUCAAGUACUUAGCACAGAUGUGGAUGUCAUCCUCCGGAAAAACAGUGAUCAUAGAAUGAAGGAAAAAGCAGACAUUCAACUUCUCCUUUACACUAUUGAUGACUUAAUUGAUAAGCUUUCAACAAUGUCUUUGCAGAAAUAAUACAAAUUGUGACCAAAGUA